AUGCCUCAUCUUCAGUUUUCAACUGACCACUAUUUCCAUGAAAAUUCUGCCCCCUUUUCAAUCUCGGUUCAUGUGGCUGAGGACCCAGAUCCCAGCUUACUCAGACCCUCCAUCUCUCUGAGCCCCACUGGGGUCACCGCCCCAGGGGCAGACAUCACCAUUCGGUGUCAGGGGCAGCACCGGGACGUGAGGUUCUUCCUGCACAAGGCUGGAGACCUGAACCCGCAGGGACACAUGGACCCUGCUGGGGCCAGGGCCAAGUUCCACAUCCCCAUUGUGGGCUGGCAACACGGAGGGAGCUACAGCUGCAGGUACCGGCCCUGGUCAAAGCCCUUCAUCUCCUCGCAGCCCAGCAACCCCGUGCAGCUGGUGGUAGCAGAUUACACACAGGGCAACAGCAUCCGUCUGGCCCUGGGCAGCGGGGUCCUGCUGGCCCUGGCGCUGAUCCUGGCCAAGGCUGCCCCAAGAUGGAGGAGGGGCAGCGGGGUCACUGUCACCCCAAGUGAGGUGAUGCUGCAUCAUCAGGACAGAGCCGGAAGGACCAGUGCAACUGAACCUGUCUGA